AUGGCCACGAGCUGUAUCGAUCUGUGGAAUCAUGAUAUGAACGUCUUGAACCACUACACUGAUAUUCUGAACAAGAAUAACGAAUUGGAAGAUCCCUACGCGAGGGAGGCACUGAGAAUCGAGAAGAAGAUUGCCAGGAACAACAUCCCCAUCCCGCUCUACCGCAUGCUGGUAAACGCGAUCAACAACUUUCCAAUGCUGAAGUACCACGUGAGGGCGAGCAUCGAGAAGCUAGAGAAGAUCCACGACUGUCUUUACCACAUCAAGUAUGAAGGAACCGAAAGGGACUGCAUGAGGCGAUCCGCCGAGAUGAUCCUGGAGCUCUACGCCAAGCUAGGGGUGCCAACCCCGGGGGCGCUGAACCUCUACAUCAACGAGGCGGCGGACCACAUCACGAACCCCCAGGUGGUUGCCUCCACGGACUCAGAGACCUGGGUCCAGCUCAAUCGUGAUCGCCUGGCCUCCGCCCAGUGGAUCCUGACGCCGCGCCACCCCUACAUCGGCGGCAACGAGCAAAGCAUCAUCGACUUCAGGGACAUCGCCCCGCUCCGCCACAGGGCCAACGUCGCCUGCUACAAGAUCGUGGGGAAAUACGCCAGGACCAUCACCAGCGCCCUCCGCCACAUCCUCACCCAGAACUCCCAGAUCAAGACUGUCGUGCUCGAGGGCGUCGGUAUGGCUCCCGGGUACCAUCACAGGUUCAAAAGCAAGAAUCCCAGAGACGUGUUCCCCAGGGAAGCAGCCAGACGAGUCCGCGAGGAGGUGGAGGGAGAACUGUUGAGGUACGACGUCAACUACGAGUUCCGGUGA